AUGUUAUCUGAAUCAUUAGCAGUUAUGUCGAAUCAUGAUGAAGCAGAUAAUUUAUUGAAAUCAAAAGAUUCCUUGUCAACAAAAGAAUGGAACACAACUCUCAUUCUAAAGCCAUAUAAUGACAGUCAGUUUCAAAUUCGAACUUUGGAAUUAAAAGAAAAGGUCAAGAUUCGCAUUGGUCGACAAACAUCGUCAAAGACUUUACCUUCACCCUUUAAUGGUUUUUUUGAUUCAAAGGUUCUAUCGAGGCAACAUGCAGAAAUAUGGUGUGAUAAGUCUAAAGUUUACAUUAAAGAUGUUAAAUCAAGUAACGGUACAUUUGUUAAUGGAGAAAGAUUAUCAAAUGAAUGUGAAGAAAGUGAACCAAGAGAACUAAAUAAUGGAGACGAAAUUGAGUUUGGAAUUGAUAUCAUUAAUGAGAAUGGAUCAACCUAUCUAUUCCCUAUACCAUUAUCCCAGGUGGAUAAUACAAUAAUUAAAGAGUUAUCCAAUACAGAAAAUUCUCGUUUACUCGUUCGAAAAUCUUCAGCAUCCACUAUUAGUACAUCAUCUUCUAUAAAUUCUGAUAUAGCAAAUAGUGCAUCAUCUAUGAUGACAGUAGUAACAGGAGAAGCAGUAACAGACAGCGGUGAUAGAGGAAAAAGAUUGAAAAAAAUGGAGACAGUUUUAAACAAAUUACAAUCUGAAUUAGAGAAAUCAAAAAAGGUCGAAAAAGAAUUAAAGACGAUAAAGGAUGCAGUUGGUUAUUUGAAUAAAGUAUUCAGUCAAGACAAAAUAAAACAAAGUGAUGAACUUGAAAUAAAAUUAAAUCAAGCUGAAACACAAAUCAAAGCAUUUGAUGAAAAAUGGAGACAACAAAAUCAAGCUAUUCAAACAGCUAAAAACGAAUUACAUAGAUUAGAAAAGGAAUUAUCGACUUGGAGAUUAGAAAAAGAGAAUUUAAAACGACAGAUAAUAAUAGAAAGAGAAAAAGUAAAAGAUCUUGAAGUUCAAUUAUUAAAACAAAGCAAUAACACAAAUAAGUCUAGAAAUACUCAAUUAGUAAUUGCUCUUUUGAUAGCAGUUAUAUCCAUUUUAAUAUAUUUUAGUCUGUAG